AUGGAAAUUGCGUCUGCAUGCUCCCUUACCGACGUGGGUGAUGCGUGUCAUUCUACGCUUCCGCAAUUAGCGCAGGGCUGCGCAGACGCGGUGGUGGCGUUGUGUUUGGGAUUGUUGGAGGAUGGAUCGAGGGAGGGUGUGAAUAGAGCGUUGAGAGUGUAUGAGAGGAUUAGAAAGGAGAGAGCGGAGAAAGCCGCGCCGAGCGCAAGGAGUCGGCAUCUUGGGGAGGGAAAGUUGAAGGAGGAGAGGGAUGGGUUGUUUAGGGAUUUGAGGGAGGGGAGGGGAAAGAGGGUUCCGGAUAAGUGGGCGGAUAGGGAGGUGCGGAAGAUGGUUUAUGGGGUUGAUUGUGUGGGGAUUGCGAGGAAGAGGUUUGCGGAGUUUUGGGGGGAGGUGGAGGAAGAUGAGUGA